CCGCCUCUCUCCCCCAAAACGCCAAAAACCCAAACCCCACUCGGCGAAGAAGAAAAAGAAGCGGCGCAAUGCAGGAGGCGGGGAUGUCUGCGCUGUGGAACACCGUGCACGGGUGGUUCACCCCAUGGGUGCUGUUCCUCGUGCUACACCUCAUCGUCGCCACUAUAUUCGUCACCUCCAGGGCCACGUCCUCGGCGGGGAGCGGAGAAGGCGCUCCGGCCGGGGCUGUCGGCGAGAGGAGGAGCCUGUCCCUCGUGGAUUCAAUGGCAAUCGACCGGCCCCACUUCACCGCUCCCGCCCCUGAGGCCCCGGUGACCGGAUUACUGGAUCUGGGACAGCCCGACGAGCAACCGCCGCCGCUCCAGAUGGAGCCGGAGGAUCAGGGUGAGCACGACGCGUUUACAAAAGAGGGUGAGCUGGACGAGCACACGCACAUGGAGAGGAGCAUGUCGGAGGCGGCGGUCGAGGCCGAGCUGCCGCGGCUGCGCAAGCCCGCGAGCGACAAGCCGGCGUUCGCGCACUUCGUGGCCGAGUCGGACACCAAGGAGGUGGAGGCGCGCAGGCGGGCGACGGGGAGGGACGCGGAGCGCCGCCUCCCCCUGGUGGCGGAACCGGAGGAGCCGGCGUCGGAGGUGGAGAUCGAGGAGGCCGGCGGCGAGGUGGACGCGCGCGCUGACGAGUUCAUCAACAGGUUCCACCACCAGCUGAAGAUGCAGCACAUGGACUCAUUCAUGCGCUCCCAGAAGAGGCUCCACCGCCGCCGGGCGACCGUGGUGCCAGAGGCGCGCUAGGCUGGCCUCUUCCGCCGCAGGUGCUCCGUGAUGCUGCACAGAGCUUCCCGCGCUAGCCUAGUGGAUGGAUGGAUAGCUCAGUAGUCCUAAUAAUAAAUCAAACAAAACCUGGCUUCGGAAUCUUUGUCAAGAAAUAGCAAUGGCGGCGAGCCAGCUCUGAAGGGUUAAAAUAAAGGGGAAUAACGGAUGUGGUGUGCAUUCUGUA